AUGUUACUAAUACAACUAGAUGCCUACGUACCAACUGGUUGUAAAUCGAAAAAUAUGUUUGCUGCCAUAGCGCAACUGGAUGCCUACGCACCAUCUGUUUCAAAAUCGAUUAAUCCAAUGUCUGAUUUAUUUUUAAAAAAGGACGAGAAAUCAAUUAACAAAAAACUUAAUAAUGACAAAAUCGAAGAUAUAGAGGCUGAUUAUGACCUUACGGUAGCAACUGAAUCACCAAGCAAGCCCUUCAAAACGUUUAUCGCGAAUCAAAUGAGUCAAAACAUGGACCUUAUUUCUUCGGCAAUUAUUUCUUUGAUAUUUAAGGUUGGCCCAAUUUAUGGUAAGGAGCCAAAAAAUCAAAGUCAAGACGAACCUUAUGAGGACAAUAAUUCUUUAGAUAUUCGGGAACAAUCUUCCAAAAAAGAGAAAAAGGCAAGUAUUAAAUUUGACGGAUUUGUGGAAUCUGCAAAAUUUACCAUGCUACGAAAUCGGAACAUAUAUCCACUUUGCAAACCAUUUAAAGAAUUUUCAAAAGAAGAUGCUGAAGAAUUAUUCGAUGUAAUAUCUGAUAAUACAAGCGUCGAGUUUGAUCUCCCUGAAAAUAUAAAAGAUUAUAUUCAGCACCUUCUUAGUGGAGAUAUUGAAGAUGCAUUUUCUAAAGUCGAAAAAUCAGUUGAUAAUGUAGACCCAUUAUUUUUAUGGACUCGAGAAGUCUGUAGACAUUUCUUACUUUAUUAUUAUUUUGGUGGAUUGCAGAUAGAAGGAAGCGAAAAAACUUGGACCACACAAACAGUAUACAGAAUACUUGAUCUGUUUCUAAUUUUUUUCGGAAAAUUAAUUUCUGGGAUUGCGUUUGGUGAAAUUCCAAACGAAGCACAUAAUGAUCGAACGUAUAAUAUUAAUCAUUUGCAAAAACCGUCACAAGCUGGGCACACAAGUAAAAACGAUGCUGUUUUAUAUCAUGAUAAGGAUGCAACAGUUUUAUACAAACAGUCAUAUGGACCAACCGAAUUUGCACUUCCACAUCAAUUAAGUGAUUUUGUUAAAUUAGCGCAGAAUGGUGUAGAUGAUCUUAAUUAUCAUUUUACACAAAAUAAUAAUUGUUCAAUAACCACGGCAAAGAAAUUUAAAUCAAUCGGAAUUCAUGGCUAUAAAUAUUUGAUUUCGAUUCUUACAACAUAUUCAGAAAGAUGGGAGUUAUUAAAUAUUGCAAGAUUCGGUGUUCUUUUAAAG